CUAAAAGCCCCUGGCGGGGCGGGGCUGAGCUUGCAUCUCUAGCGCCGGCCCUUGGCAACGCUUCGUUUCCCUAGCAACCGCCCCACCCCCACCCCCGAGGACUAAGCAGGCAAGUGGGAUAGCGCGGCCCGAGAGACGGGCGUGUGCUGGGACCAGUCGGGAAAGGGGAGAAGAGGGACCCUCGAGAUUUCCGGGUUAGCAAAAUGUGAAGGUAGCACUCGGGGUGCAGAGGGGCCAUCCGUGAAAGGGGAACAACAGGUCGAAGAUUUAUUGGUUUGUUUAUUGAUUUAUCGCAUCUGUGCACCACCUUUUCCCUCCAAGGAGCUCAAGGUGGUGUGCAUGUUUCUCCCUGCAUGGCUAAAUGACCCUUGGGGUCCCCCCUUCCAGCUCUACAAUUCUAAGCUGCUAUGACUCCCCCUCCUCACUGAAUCCCCACAACAGCUCUGCGAGGUAGCUUAUAGGCUGAGAGGCAGUGACUGGCCCAAGGUCACCCAGUGAGCUUCUUGCCUAAGUGGGGAUUUGAACUCUGGUCUCGUAGGUCCUAGUCAGGCUACGCCACACUAGCUCAGCAGGUAGGGGACCCCACAAAGCAAUUGGAAGAACGAGGAUGAAGGCAACCCCUAAGCCCUUUUCCCAGCACUCCUGCUGCCACCUCUCUUUUGAUAUAUAUUCCAACUAUAUAAUUCUAUGAUUCUCUCUCUCUGUGUGUGUGUAUUUUCACAGGCUAUAAUACUGAGGAAAGAACAGGGUUCCUUUAAAGUAAGAGGCAGGCAGUUCUGCUGUCAUAAAUGUGAGAUCUUGGCCUUCUAAUUACGGUACUCUGGGUUAGGUGCCAAAGGCUGGUGGUUCCCUUUUUGUACAGUUACGGUGAAUUUGGAACACUCACUUUAUCCAUUCCACAGGCACACACUGAGAGACCAGGAGAAAGCUCACCCUUUUGCCAUCCUUGAAGUUUGGGGUGGUUUAGGGGUAACUAAAAGUAUUUCCAAGUGAUCUGUUGUUUCUAAGGACUGCAAACUAGAAUUCAUAUUGGGAAUGCAAAAGGGGUGGGGGGAGCCUUUUCAGUAAACAUUUAAAAUAUGGCUAAAGUGACUGUGUACAUGUGAAGAAAUACUGAGAGCUUUUGGAGAAUAGCAAAUGGUGCAAAGCUAUUGAUUAGUGGAUUUUAAUCCCUCUCUCUUUCACAAUAUUUGUAUUUAGUGCUUGAAUUAUGGGUGGGGAAAGAGAGAUGGGGAGCUUUUAAUGACAAGACACCUCCCAUGGACUACCCCCCAAUUUAGACAAGAUAAGCCCCUCCCAGGCUUCUAAAAACAUCAUGAAAAAUAGAGCACCUUCUCCUGUAAUUGGAGCAUGGCUUGUGUAGAACCGUAGAAUUGUAGAGUUGGAAGCGACCACGAGGGUCAUCUAGCCCAACCCCCUGCAAUUGUUGAGUGGGUGUUGCAGCUACUCAGUACUGCACUAUUAGAAGGUAGGGUUUAUAUAAUGUUCAUUUCAGUGGACUUUGUGUUGCAUCUAAAAGCAGAAAAUCUUUCCCAGUAAGCAGGUUUUAUUUCUUAAAUUAAAAGAAAGUUGAAUUGAAAGGGCUUGACUAUUAAAAAGCAGCUUAAAAUAAAGAAAUUGAAUGAAGUACUUAAGGACAUGGAAGAAAGUCAGUGAUGUUUUUUCUUCUGUGAUUAAAUCUAUGGCUUAUACAUCCUUGUGCAAAUUGUGUAGAUUAGAAAUUGACUACAUUUUGGCAUUUUGUUUCUUCUCUUUUAGCAGUACUUUUCUAAUGCACUUGAUUUAGGCACAACGUGGGUGGAAAGUUACAUAUACAUUUAUAUGCUAUCUUCUAAUUAACUGCAUCUUAACAUGCUGUUUAAUGCAAAAUGUAAAGAAAGGAGACUACAUAUAUUAUAUGCCAGUGUGCCGUUUAUGGGAGCAGUUACGUUUUCAGCCAAUGUUCAUUGAAUCUGAGAUGAUGAGUGAAUAAGAAAGGCUAUUUAUCAAAUAAUAGCAUAUCACAGUGAGCGUAUAACCACUUGGUAUGCUAGUAAUCUAUAUUGUCCUGUGAAAAAAUGAGAACUUUAUACAUUUCCAUACUGGAAGUGGAAAGCUGAAAAAACUGGAGAAGGGGGCAUAAACUACCUGUACUUUGGCAGGGCAAUAUAAUCUGUUUACUAAGUGGUCACAUACAUGUGGUAACUUGGUAGAAAGUUAUCUAAUCAUCCAUGAAUAUAUGAAUGUGAACCCAAAGCAGUACAGGGGAAAUUAUGUUUGUACUUACAAAAUAAGAAAAUGAAGUAUAGAACAGCCAUGGUGAUAUGUGAUUGCUGUAUCAGGAGAUCCUGUAAAUUGAUUCAGUGUGAUAAAUGACUCACUGCAAGACCUAGCACCUUACAACUCCCCAGGCAUUUGAUCACAGAGUUAAUUCAGACACCUUGUGGAAUCUUCAUCACACCAUAGCAACCGUGCUCUGCUAUAUUUGUAAUGACACUGAAUGUGGAGUGAGUAAAACACACAUGCUUUGUAAAAGCAAAAAGUAAGUUUGAACACAGUGUUGAGGUUUCUGCCUCAUUUUCCUAGAACAUUGCAAUCCCUUCAUAAUACAGCAUACACAGCUCAUGUGUACAAUAGAAAACAGCUUCUAGUGGAGAAAUUACUGGCAAUAGGUAGAGUCAGAAAAGUUUUAUUUAUUUACUAGAACUAUAAGCAGUCUAUUUUAUUUAUGUGUCUAUAAAACCAGAUAUACUACUUAAUAAAGUAAACAUCUCUAAGUGGUUUACAUAAAACAAUGAAAUUGCAAACAGCAUUAUUCAAUUAAAAUUUUCCAAAAAAACCCACCUAAAUAAAAACAAGCCCCCAAGGUAUAAAACAUUAUUAAUCCUGACUACCAAAUGAGCUUGCACUACUGUAUGUAGGAUGGGAAGAGCCCUGCUUUCUGCCAAAGCUAUGGACACUUGCCUUUUUCAGUUUGCAGUGUAUUCAAUCCACAUGUGAUUAGUGGUAAUUUGGUGGUUUCACAUUUCAGUCUCCCAGCCCUUUCAAAGGCAGGCCUCAGUUGAAACUGCAGAAUCACAACUCAGUGUAGUCCACAAAAGCUCAUGCCGUAAUAAAUCUGUGGGUCUUUAAGGUGCCACAAGACAGGUUAACAUGGCUCCCCUACUGGAAAUUGUUGCAACCAAAUCAGUUUUCUAGCACAGGUUGAUGCUAAACAGUUGGAUGCUAAAUUGAUGCCAUUUGAUUUGUAUGAGGAGGAAAUUGAACGGCUCCCUUUUCCCAUAAGGAGAUGUGGUGCCACUGUCGGUAGGUUAGGACAAGUGUAUGUGCCAUGCCUAUCAUGUGGAUUGUAAGAACAUGGUGUGGUGUCACACUUCUAAUUGAGAUUUGAAUUGUAAAUAAUCUUAAACCCAGGCUUUAUUUUGGCUAAACCAAGGGUACUGGUGGUUUUUGGAUAGCCCUAGAAUAGUGGAAUUGUGUGUACAAAAGGGAAGAAAUCUGGACGCCAUCACAUCUGACAAUGAUUGCUGGAUCCUAAAGCUUGCCAUUUGGUCACCAGCAAUAAGACUCUGUGGGAAUUUUGCAACAAAGCAUCACACUUCACAGCAGAUAAUCACAAAAUUGCAGAGUUUAGAAGAGUUUCAGGACAUGUGAACUAAAGGGAUGUGUGGUAAACUGCCUACAGAGCAGAACUUCUUUUGGAUGGAGCCUCUCUUUUUAAAAGCAACCCUCCAUGCUGCCCUUAAGCUGUUCCUAAAACUCGGGGGAAUUUCAGAAGUACUCCUCAGAACAGUCGGAAAUAGAAAUGAUACUUCCCUGACCAUGUGUGGAAAUGCUUUUCCUGCAUAAAGUGGCUCUUUGGAUUCAAGCCAUAGGCUUUAUGAGCUACAACUGGCAUUAGAGGUUUUAAUGAACUGUUCUGCACUUGCAGGCUCCUUUUUUAAAAGUCAGUAGAGAUUUAGUUGCAAUUCACCUACAGCUGCUGUCUUGCUUUAUGGAAAAUUUAAUCAUGAGAUGUUUUAUUUUUUAAAUACAAUUUUGAAUGUGCAUAUUUUGACAAUUAAAUUCACAGUUGUUCCCAAUAAAAUUUUUAGAAUCCUGCUAAUUAUUAAUCGUUUGUGCUGUUAUCCUGUUCAUGGUGCUUUACAGAAAUAAACUCAUUUCCAUGCCUGCCUCUUGGAAGAAGCUAUAGUUGCACAGUGGUUCUUUUACUAUUGUCCAGUAAUAUUUGGACUAUUUGGGAAGUGCUGAAAGCUUUUGAGUUUUCGUGCUUCAUGACCCCAGGGGGCUGUUCUUGCAUUUGCCAACUGUUUUCUCCCUUCCAUAUUCUGGGAUUGAUGAAGAUUGGAGUGACAAGAUGGUUCUGGUCACAGCAGUCAGAUCUGCAGAAGCCCUACGGAUCUCUGACUGAGGAGCAGCGCUGGGCUGGCUUCAACCAGGAAGGGAGAAUCACAGAGAGCAGAAACCACAGUUAUGAGGGCUGUUGCAUUCUCCUGGUUUUCUGUGUGGCUUUUGGGGUUAAGAAUCUUAGUUGCCUGCAAGUGUACAGUGAUUGCUCCACAAUAGCUGAUUUUCCACCCCCACUAGGAUUAGCUGGUCUCCAGUGGAUAUUAUUCCAUGUCAUUUGGCCCUCAGGCAGCAUUGUCUCACAAUUUCUGUAGACACCUAAGUAUCCAUUUGACCUGGCCUCUCCCUGCCCUUCAUUUCAGUGUUCUUUGCUUUGCUCUGGCACCUGCUGCUUGCUGCUACCAUCUGAGAAGCCUUUGCAGACACAUUAUCAGUAACACAACAGGAAUAACUUGGCUUUGCCCCCUUGCAUUCUUCAAAGGGUUUGUAGAGGUCUGCUCUUGUGAUUUAGCAGGUUGUUUUUAUCAGCACUACCCCAGACAGUUUGGGGGUUGAAAAAUUGCCCAUUGCAAAGGUUUCAAAGGCACCAGGGCUUUCGCACACCAAAGGCUACUUCUUAUGUGUGCUUGAAAGCAAAAUGGAGCAGCUUCAUGAACAGGAAGGAAAUAAUGAGCUUGAUCUCUGCCGUGGCACUGGCUUCUCUCUUUGUAACGGGAAGGUAGUGUAUAAGAUCAAAGCACUUUUCAGCAGAAGUGUGCCGGAUUGGGGCACUAGUUUCUGCACAACUGCAGGUGUCUUUGUAGAAGGUUACGAGGACGUCUUGUGCACGCGAACGUUUUCCACUCUCAAUUCACACACUGUAUCCAACUGCUGUGCCGUCUAAAGCAAGCCUCAUUGAGCUUAAUGGGAUUUACUCCUGGGUGGAGAUGCACUGUUACUGCUUAUUGUAUGGGGUUUUUUUAGUUCCAGCCUUUUUUAAACAUGUUUUCUUUAAAAGCCUAGAUGAGCACUUUGGUAAAAUGAGAAAACGCUCAAUUUUUAAACCUUGAAGAGAUUAAGAGGCUGAGCAUUCCCCCAUUAUGCCACAGUAUUCACCUAGCAUUUUAAUGAAAAAUCUCAGUAAGGACCUGCAGGAUUGCCCACUUCUAUAAUGGUUUCCAUGUUAAAAUAUAAUUGUAAGCUUAUUUAGCUCAGCAGGGGGGAACAUUUGGACUUCCAGAUGUUUCUGGACUAAAAUUCCCGCCUGCCUCAGCUAGCACAGCUAAUGAUCGGGGGCAAGUUGUAAUCCAACAACAUCUGGAUGGCCACAGGUUCCCCACCACUGAUCUAGUUCUUUGGAGGCCCUGAGCUCUCUUCUGUGAUGGCAUGCAUUUCUAGUCUUAUUUUUUAAAAGAGAGUUGGGGGAGCAAGUUACAGUUAUCCCCUUGCUUCAGAGCUAUCCCCUCCAGUCAAAAUGUGCAGACUAUACUUUGCUAUUGUGUUGUGCCUCUGUUUUGGCACUUCAACUCCUAGGAUGUGGAAUGGAUGAACUGCAAAUAUGUUGUCUGCAUGAUCCUUAAGAAAUAUGGGUACUGCAGGUGCGAUUGGCGUGUGAAAUUAGACUAGUUCAGAGAAAGGAGAAUGAGACUGCCAGAUUCUCUUCUGUGCUUGGUUGGUUUUUUUUAAUGUAUAAAUAUAUUUUUACAUCAUGUGAGCCCCCUGCACUGACACCCUGCUGCAUUUUGAUGUGAAACCACCACUUCAGUGUGCUUAUAAAUCCAAUUUGCGUAUGACUCACUUCAUAUAAUUGCUUCAUCUUAGGAGACAUUUAAUAGCUCAGGAAAAGGUGAAACAAACUUCUGAUGUAAACAACUUCCAGUUAUUAAAUGUUCUUAUAUUCUCAGAACUUGGUCCAGUGAAACAGUCUGUCUACCUUCCUUGUUUUGUUAUGUGCACUGGUGGAGCUAAUAAUUGAUUGGACUACAUCAAAGAUUUAAAUAAUGCAGUUGUAAGGGACUUCUUCCUCCCUACACUUGUAGUAUAAUGCACCAAAUCAAAUAUUUUAUUAGUAUCAGUGAGUGGUACUGAUUUCUGGAUUUUUCUAGGAAGAAUGGCUGCUGAACUUUAGGGUUCCAGUUUGCGCAGAACUUUCAAACCAUUCUAAGAGAGAGAGAGAGAGAAGAGAGAGAGGGGGAGAGGUUUUACCCCAGCACUUCAAGAUGCAGGAGCCAGUUGCUGCAGACCCCAAUGCAGUCCCUCCCCCAAGCCGUACCAGAAACCCAGCAGCUAACCCUCGGCGAAUGCGGCGGAUUAUAGCUGAGGAUCCUGAGUGGAGUCUAGCUAUAGUGCCACAGCUCACAGAGCUCUGCAUACAGCACAUAAUCAACAACUUUGAAAGUAAGUAAUUUCUCCUCCUCUGGUUUCUCUUGCUGAGAAUGAACCUUUAGAUCACAGGUUGCAAUUAUACAUGCAAUCGAGGACUGAGUUUUUAAAAAUGAAACUAAGUGGAAUGGCUCUUUAAAAAUGCAAGGGAAUUAUUCCAUAGACCAAGGGUAGCUAAUGUGCUGCCCUCCACCACAACUCCCUUCCUUCCUGACCAUGUAGUUCAUGGGAACUGUAGUCCUAACAACUUUGGAGGGUACCACUUUGGCUGCUGCUGCUCUAGACCAAGUCAUUCCUGCUGCUGCUGCUGCUUGAUAACCAGUCAAUACCUUUAUUUUUGCCUUGUUUUGAAGCAUUGUAGUCUACAGUAUAACGCAAAACUUUCAUUUGUUCCUAGGGAAUCCUGGAAACUAUUGUUCUGGGAGUAGGGCUUGGUCUUCCUAAUGGAAUUCUUAGCAUCCUCAGCAAAUUACUCCUCUCAAGAUUAUUUAGUGGAAGCGCUGCUAAACUUGUACAAACUCAAAUGUGUGUUGCUUUCAACAUAUGAUGCUAUGUCUGAAUAAUUGUUUAAUCUGCUGGUGCUAUUCUAAUGCUAAAAUGUUAUCUGCAUGUUUUAUUUACUGCUGUUAUUUGAGUUUUUUAGUGUUGCUGUUUUUUCUUAUUCUUUUGUAAUAAUUGAGAUGCGUAUUCUGUUUUAUUGGUUACUGUAACUUGCUUUGGGGAGGAUAAUUUAAAAAUCAAACAAACAAAUAAAUAAUCUAUCUAUACCUAGCAAAUAGAUCUUCAUGGUGCUAUAAAAAGCAGCAAACAGACACCACAUUCCGAAAGGUUCACUUCUCUUCUUUCCAACCAGGUAAUCCUAUUUUGAAUAGCCUCCUUCCUGAUCACCAAAGGAAGGUGCUGGACAAGGUCUCCACAAGUCUGCCCCUUACUGUGACUGCCAACCUGAUUAGUGAUGAAGGUUAUUGGAAACGAUGUUGCAUUGCGAGAUGGGCAGUUUGUGACGUGUCCCGCUAUGGAAACAGCUGGAAGCGGAUGUUUUUUGAACGUCACUUGGAGAACAUCUUGAAGUUCUACAUUCCAGACACCACUAACCCCAACCAGGUCCUGGAUGUCAUCCCACUCUGCAAGGAAUAUGUGAAGAAGCUAGAUAUCGACCAGUUCCUUCCACCUGUGAAAAUAGAUCAGAAGAAGGAAGACGAAGAAGCCUCUGAUACAGAAAGUGAUUCUGGAAUGGAUGAACCUUCCAUGGACCAUUUUGAUAUGAGUAUGCUCACUCCAGCGCUCUGUCACCUAGAGGAGCUGCACUUAUCUUAUGGUGUUAAAGACUGUGGCAUGAAUUUUGAGUGGAAUCUUUUUGAGUUCACCUACCGGGACUGCUGCUCCCUGGCCAAUGCUGUCAAGAAGUGUCCAACUUUAAAAGUAACUUGCCAUAUACAGUUCUAUAAUAUUUAGAAACCCUGAACCUAGAAUGAUGGUUCCCAAGGGUCAGAGGACAAUUUUAAACCUUUAGUGAAUAAUUUUGUCCAAAUCAUUACCUGACAUCAGUACAGUAGGCCCACAACUUAGGUUACAUUCCGGGGAUCGUGCCUAAAGCCAAAAUUGCAUUUAGUCAAAGCACAUUAGGUUCAAUGGCGGGUGGGAUUGCCAAAGUCUUUUCCCCCCAGAUGCCUGCCCUCUUUCCACUCAUUUUUAAUUUUUUUAAACCUUUUUUUUUUUUUGCUAAGCACGGAAAGCUGAAUGCACACAAAUGUACAUAAGGUGCAGGCUCACUGUACUUCCAUGGCCGCAGAGAGCCCUCUUUGCACCAUACUUGUAUACUAGUCUCAAACACUCUUAUAUUGAAGUUAGAUGCCAUUACAACUGAGUGAUGAGAGCCACUCUUCCUUAGCUUCAGCUGGUGUAGAUGGGGUCAACUACAUGGAUUCUUCCCACCUGAUCCCAGCUGUGCAAGGUUGAUGUGCAAAGGACCUAUGUGAUUGACCCUGCUUACAUGGCACACCUGUCAAGUGUCCUGGAAAAAAGGGGCAUCCCUUUUUUUGUACAACAUCACGGUGGCCAUUUGGGCGGCAGCGCUCUUGGGGGGUGGAAUUGUGGUGUGGGUCAUACGACUUGCCCCGGAGCGUGGCCCGGAAGACGUGUAAACUGUUUUUUGAAAUUAAAAAGUUGGACGGUAUGACAUGGUACUAGAGCUUUAAACAUUAAAGCAGUGAGAUGAAGCCUUGGUAAAUAAGCUCUUAAAUCUCAACUUCAAGUCCCAUGGAUUUAAAUUGAAACCCCCCCCCCCAAAAAAAAAGGCCAAAUAAGGCAAGGUUUGGGAGAUCCCCUAUUUAAUCUCUUGACAUUUCCAUUUUACUUAAAAGCAGCCACAGAGCCUCCAGACUGGAGCUACAGUGCCAGGAGAGGGGCAUUUAACCCCAUAUUUCAGCAUCUUGCUCUGAUCAAAAUCUCUCCCUCAAGUGGCAGUCUAGAUCAGGAAAAUCACUUGGGGAAAAGAGUUAGGUCUUCCUCCUCCUGCAGUACAGGCCUAAUCCAACAUGGGUGGCCCUCUUCAGCAACUCUUUAAGAGAAAAAAAACAAAUGAAGAGAGAUUGAAUUGUGGGUCUCCCACAUCUUGUUGAGUUUGGCCCUAAUGUGGCUUGCAUUAAAACAACAGCUUUAAGGUUCUUUUUCAAACUGCUCCUCCCCAAUAUAUUUAUAAUGUAGACAUCUGCAUAAGAGGGUUAAAUGAGGAAGCAAGGUAAGCAAUAGCCUCUACUGGUUGCUAGAGACCUACAGUUCCUCUAAAAAAAUAAGAAGAGAGACCUUUCAACUCUGCACCCUCAAGCCACCCUCAGUAGUGUACAAAAGCUAUCCAUUGGCUUAUAACACUUGAAAGACUUGUGUUGUAUCUCACUCUUGAUGACUGAACCACCCCUCUACCUUCCAGCUUAGAUCACAUAAAGGCUUGAGCCUGCUUAGGGGCAAUGGAGAAAUCUUUGAUUCUAAAUUCCAAUAUUUCUGAGAAGAUUAGGCAAAAUUAACCACAGACUUACUGUCUGAACUACGGAGCCUUUCAGACAACUCCUUGUGGUUCCAGAUUGUUAGAGCAGUUUAAAAGCCUUUUACCAGAAAUACAGGUUAUGCUUAUUGCUUCUGAUAUGUGAACUUUUUCAAAAAACAGCUAAGGCGAUGAACUGUCCAAAUCCCUUGCCUUUCAGUGAAAACUGAGUGGUUCAAGGCACAAAUAAAAUAAAAAUUGUCUGAAAUAUUUUUCUUUAUCAAAACAUGUAACCUUAUUCUUCUGCUGCAGGUCUUCAAACUGUCCCGAAGCAAAGUGGAUGACGAAAAAUCUCGUGUGCUGAUCCAUGAACUAUUAGACCACCCCUCGCUAACAGAACUAAACUUAUCUCACAAUCUGAUAGCAGACCGGGGAGCACGAGCUGUUGGCAAACUGAUCAACCACAGCAAGAUAGUAACCCUUAACCUUUGUGAUAACAGGAUCCGUGCUCAAGGAGCCCAGGCGAUUGCUCACGCCUUGUCCAAGAAUUCCAUUCUGACGUCCCUCAAUCUGCGUCUCAACUGCAUUGAGGAUGAGGGAGGCCAAGCCAUUUGCCACGCCCUCUUGACUAACGAGACUCUGACAAAUCUUCACUUGGGUGGCAAUGAGUUGUCAGAGCCAACGGCCACCCUUUUCUCUCAGGUCCUUGCUCAGAACACGGCUCUGACUCACAUCAACCUCUCCUGCAACCACAUUGGGCUAGUACGCAAUCUCUUUUCCUACAAGGGGGAUGGGCACAUAGCACUUGUAUAGAAUGUUCAAAGCACUUUAUAUGCAUUAUCUUAAGUAAUCCUUACAACCUUGUAAAGUAGGUCAGAUGAUGUUUCUUUUGAAGCUGGGAGAUAGUGGCUUGUCAUCUCACAGUGAAUUUUUGGCUGGGAUAGACUUGGACUGGCCUACAUGUGUAGGAGAAUGGGGUGGGGGUUGGAAAUAUUAAACUCCCUGCUAGCAGAAGAGGGUCACAUCACAGGGUGCUUCUAGCUUAAUCCACUCCUCCUUGUGCUAGUUUUUAAUUUGCAGGUUUUUGUUUUGUGUUUAACUCAAAACCAAAGUAGCACAGUCCAUGUGAUUUUGUACUAUAGCAAAUUGAAAGUGUGUGUGUGCGUGUGUGUGUAGGAACAUUUGUAGUAUAAAAAAAUAUGGGAUUUUAGCAGGAAAGCUAUAGGAUUCACACUGACUGCAACCAAAGCAGUAUAACUGCCCUUAAACUUUUGCAGCUGCAAAUGGUAUUGAAAGUGUGAUUGCAUAUAUAACAACCCUGAUAGUAUGAUGAGCACAAAUCGUGAUGAAUGUACAAUAAUGUCUUGUGGGGCCCCUAAAAUACUUUCUGUGGUUUGCUAGCAAUAGACCCAGAAUAUAUAUCUGGCUUACACUGAAGGAUGAACAUUCUUAUUUCUCUGCUUAGCAGCAGAGAAAGCUGCUGGAGAAUGGGCUGUUUCAAAUUGUGUUCAUGAACUCUACAUUGCAGCAUUAUGUGUGACUACAUUUUACACAUCUUUUCUUAAUUUGAUAAUGUGGCAACAGGUGAUUGAUGCAACCUGUUAGGAAUGUAUUUCUGUUCAUUUCUAUAUAAUGUUGCUGCAGAAAAUAGCAUACCAGCUGCUUUGCCAUCUUUUCCUAGUUUGUGCUUGCAACAAAGGCAAAGAGUGGGUAACGUGCCCCAGGACUGUCUGAAAUCCCGUAUUUUAUCAAAGGGCAGAGGUUUGAAUCCUACCCUCAGUGGCUGUCUUUUGAGACGUUGGCAACUCUCUACAUGGUAGAGCUACAUAUAUUAGUCUUUGUUGCUUGUUUAUGUUUAUCCAAGCAUGCUUUAGAUUUUCUUGUCCCAUCUUUCACGCAGCAAAAUAUUAUACUGGAUCAGUUCAUGUGGAUAAAAGUGUGCAAACUCUUAAUAUUCAGAGUUGUGAUCCAAUGGAAGCAAAAGCUCUGAAAACUCCAGCAGCUUUUGCAUGUUCAUUGGCAGAUUUUGCUUGGUUUGCUGUAUCUUUUCCAAUCUUCUGCAGUAACAUGGCCACCAGAUUCCAGGUAGCUAAUGGGCUUAAACAAAAUGGCAAUAUUCCGAUUUCUGAAGAUGGUGUGAUUGAUUUCCCCAGAAAUUAUUCUAAAUUCUGGGUGUCUGCAAGUGUAGGGUCCUUCAUCUAAUUGAGUGAUGACUUUUUCUUAAAAUCCAGACUGGGACAGGGCAGGGCAGAAGGGGUUGAGAAGCAAUAAGAUACGGAACAGAACGCCACUCCAGAGACAUGUAAGCCCAUGUCACAGCUCAGAAAUCUCUACUUUUCAUCACAUGCUUUUAAGAUCUGGCUGGUGCAUGUAUCACGAUGCUAUCACCUGCUUUUAGUUCCUGUCAUGCCAAUACUGUUCCCUCUGGAUCUGUCACAUGCUUUUUUAGAUGCCUCAGAGGUUGAGGGAGUUAAUGACUUCUUGUCUCUUUCCCCCAGGAUGCCAAAAUCUUACCGAAUUGCCUAAGCAAACACUUUAUCAUCUCUUGACAUGGUAAUGAGGAGGUAGGAAGAUGUCACUGUUAUAAUGACACUUUCAUAACGGGGAGCGUGACACACCAUCCAUUCUGUGAGCAUUUGGCAAUAAGCAGCAGUAGCUUGAUGAAUAGGUGGCAGGAGAGGUUGACAAAUCUGCUUGCUUUGGUGAGCAUCCCUCUCUACUCCAAGAGGCACAGUUUCGGGCUAAAGGGACAAGUGCCUGGAACUGGGAAGGAGGGUGCAACACACUCUAAGCAUUAUAAGCACCUCGGAAUCUCAGCACAGCAGGAUUUCAGAGGCAACCUCCACACAAGGAACUCAUCCCCGUCCUUAUGCUUGAACUCUUCUAACACACACACACUGUGAUCUGUUCCCAUGCAUAAGCUCCUGCUAUCCCCAGGGUCAUUGUCCCUGUUUGUCCUCCUGCCAGCCAUCUCUUUCUCCUGCCUAUGCAUGAUGAACUCAGACUGGUAGUUAUUGAAGGAGCAUGUUGGAAACACCAAUCUCUAUCUGUGUGUGUGUGUGUGUGUGUCUCUGUGUGUGUCAAACUGCAAGUUCUAGUUUAAUUGCACAAGCACUCUCUAUCUGAAGAAGUGUACGUGCACACGAAAGCUCAUACCAAGAACAAACUUAGUUGGUCUCUAAGGUGCUACUGGACAAUUUUUUUUAUUUUUUAAAAAUAUAUUUCUACAAGCAUUCCCUAUUUUAGAGUAGGGACUGCUCCAGUAACUCAGUGCUCAAAAGAUGGACUCUUUCCUACCCCCUCCAUGGAAAUUUUAUUAAAAUUUUAAACAAUAAAACAACAACCCCAAGGAAGCAAUUCCAUCAAAAACAAGAACUCUGGUAUGAACAUUUACACCCAGUUUAUAGGUCAUACAGCUUAUAGGUCACAAUAGUUAUCAAGGUACAUAUCAUAUCCAUGGGCAUUCUUGAGGGGGGGAAGAAAAAUAUUUCCCCUGCUUAUUUACGAUACAAUAUAUCUUUAUUGUCAUUGUCCCAUGCAGAACAAUGAAAUUGAAACAUAAGCAAAAAGCAUCCCAUAGCUUCCUGCUAAAAUCUGAUAACUUUUCCUACCACAAAUGUUCAGGUGGGGUUUUUGCCGCUCUGGAUGGUGAUAAGGUGAUAAUAUUGGGGAAGCAUUUCAGAAGAACUACUGAAGUUGAAUGAUGUGUGGAUGCCCAGUGUUAAUCGACCACUACUGCAUUAUAAUCACAGUAGUGACAUCCUCUGAAUAUACCUUUAUAUACCUGUCAACUAAGAGUUCACUCUACACGUUUGAUGAAGUAGGCUUCAGCCCAUGAAAACUUAUGCUAUAAUAACUUUGUUUGUCUAAGGGCGCCAUGAGAUUUCAUUGUCUUUUCUUUUUGUAAAUAAAAAAUAGCAUGUCAGGAAGCAUGUUUGCCCCUUCCUCGAGGCAUUUUUAGGUCUUAGUUGCAAACCAGCCAAGGUGCUUUGGGUCAAUGUGGUUUAAACCCGAGGGUUGCUUGUGUGCAUGUGUGUUUUUGACCUUCAGCCUAGUCUUUUUAUUGAUUCCAGGAUGGAGGGAAGCAGCUGCUGGAAGGCAUGACUGAUAACAAGACAGUGGUAGAAUUUGACCUGAGGCUGGCAGAGGUGGGCCAAGAGAGUGAAUACCUCAUUAACCAGGCCAUAAAGACCAACCAGGAACUAGCCCGAUUCAAAAGCCUGCAGCACCCGCCCUCUGCACCUGUCCCACAUACGGUUGAAGAAAAACACCCCGAACAAGGCUAACAUUUCCUGUGUUUUUGUCUUCACCAUGCUAGAUUAAAUGCCUAUUUUAUUUCUGCUAAGCAUUGUGCUCAGAAGUUCCUUCUUAGCUGUGUUUGAUCUUGGCUGGCC